AUGAAGACCUCUAUGAUUCAAGCUCUUCUCGCGUUCGCCAUGGUCGCCGUGGCCCUUCCCAGCAAGCCGUGCGAUUCCUGUGACAAGGAGACUGGCAAUGUCUGCGAAAGCGAUCAAAGUGUUGUAUGCAAAGAAAAUGGAAAGGGUGGUCUAAUCAGUCUGGGUAACGUCUUGCCUGGGGCCCUUGGGGAGAGUUGUGACACUGGCGCAGUUUACUGUUGCUCUCAUGAGGCCGCUUCGAAGGGUAACUUGGCUAACUUGGAUGUGAAUGCUCAAUGCUCUCUCAAUCAUGUUCUAUAA